CACUGUUUUAUCAAUAACACUUAAAACUUGUCCACUACAAACUCUCUUCUUUUCUGAUUUCUUUCCUCUCUCUCGCAUUUUCAUCAUGGACCCAGAAACUCAAGAAAAGUAUGCCAGUAAUGGCAAGGUCAUGUUUGGCUCCACCAUCCUUCUCUUCCUAAUAGUAAUCAUCGUAGUUUUCGUUCACACCUUCCGCGACUCAUGCUUCCGCCGCCACCGCCGCCACCGCCACGCCAUUCGAACCGUUUCCUCCGUGGCUUUUAACGAGGGCCUUUGCCCUUCCGUUCUCAAAUUCCUUCCCACCUUUACGUAUUCCUCCGACACCCACCUCUCCAUCCACGAUUGCGCCGUCUGCUUGUCGGAGUUCGCCGACGGCGAAGAAGGCCGCUUCCUUCCGAACUGUAACCACGCUUUCCACGCCCAUUGCGUUGACAUUUGGUUCCACUCUCACUCUAACUGUCCACUUUGCCGAACCCCGGUUCGCCGAUACGCCGCGCCAGUCCAACCGUCCUCUGAUACUGAACCGGGUUCGGUGGGUUUAUCUUCUUAUCCUGCACCGGUUUGGUGCCCGAGAAAGUCGUUGGAGCUCGUAGGCAUGACAGCGGAGUUAGAACAAAACCCGGUUUCGGAGCCGGGUCAUGGAUCCACGAUAUCACGGGUUGGGAAUUGAGAGCGUUGAAUUAUUGGAUUCCUUCAUAUAAGAGAUUUUUUGAAGCCUUUAGCGGUUGGUUUUUUAAGUGGCGCCUAGUGUCGCUGACAAAUGUGGCGUUUUCUUGUUUAGCCUUGGCUCAACAUGUCACGUAUCCACUCUUCUUUUUCACUAUAAGAAAGGAAGAAAUAAUAUGAUUAUGAUUUUUUUUGUGUGUGUGUGUCAAAUUGUAUAUAUAUAAAUUUUAGUUUAGAAAUAAGAUUGUUGCACUUGUAUGAAUGAUCAUUCAUUUUUCAAUUCGAAUAUGGGUCAUGCGGGCUCCAUGAAUGGAUGCCACUACCCGAGUGCGAUAGCGAUAUCGUCACUGAUGCACAGGAUCUAGAAAACGAAAUGAAUUUUGUCUUCAAAA